AUGGGUUCCUCAGCCAAGAAGAAGAAAGAGAAGAAAGCCGACUUCGCCAAACCCAAGCUCAAAGUCGGGAAAGCACGACCGAAAAAUACAAAUGCCACCGAUACCAGUUUCUCAACCAAAUCUAUCGUCUUGAAACAGCAGUCCCUCAGCGAAGGCACUCGAGAUGCUGCGGCACUCUUCCACCACAAUCUGUCCCUUUUGAGCAGUCGGAACGAGACCCAAAGGAGAGAUGCUCUGACAUAUCUCAUCACGGCAGUGGCAGCUGCGCCGAGCGGGAAUUUGCCGAAGCCUGCGUCGGGUGUGUUGGCUAAAGUCAGCCCUUUGAUCUUGGAUGGAAACUCGGCGGUACGAGGUCAGGUGCUGAAAUUGCUGAAGCUCCUGCCAGCUGGACAGCUGGGAAACCUGGAGCAGACUGUGCUCUACACUCGCGCUGGACUGUCACAUCUUUCGAAUGACAUUCGUUUGACCGCACUGGACGUCCUAGACUGGCUGCUCGAGGCGAACGGAGAGGCGGUUGUCAGCCAGGCAGGAGGAUGGGUGAAGACUCUACAGACUUUCCAGAAUUUGCUCUCCUGGCAAGGGACAAGCAGCAGUGGAGUGGUUCAGAAUGGAGACUGGUCAGCAACGAAGACGAAAACAAAUCUUGGCAGUAACAGGCUUCUUGUGCAUCAGCUCUCGACGCUGGCGCACUUCAUCAAUGCUGGACUCAUACGGCCUCCGCCAGAUCUUCAAGCGGAAGCACGAAGAGCAGCGGCCUUGUUUCCGCUGUGUCAGACAGACUGUCAUCUGCUGUCAAAGAGGAGCAACCCUUUUGGGUAUCUCAACCUGUUCGGCGCGCCGCGAGAUGUGGAAGGCGAAGUGUAUGAUGAUCCGGAUGAGAGGAUGAAUGUGUUCCUAGAGUUGAACAUGCACGGGGCGUUCCAAUUCGGCGUGCAAGAGGCCAAAAGAGAGGGAGGCGAAGUAGGACGAGCUGCCAGCGCUGUUGACAAGGCGCUGAGGCUCGUCGAAGUGAGCUGA